AUGCUUGCUCGCAAUGGUGCUAACUUCUGGAAAGAAGGGCAGUCCGCUGCACCCGGCCAUGCGGUGAGCAUGGCGGACCCUACAGACCUGAAUCUCGAUGCGCCCAGCGACCUGCAAGAUAUCCCCGACCUCUCCCCCGUCGACGACCUCGUUCCACCGCCUGAAGGCACAUAUCCCGAUAAAGCCUCGUUGAUAGCAUCGGUGCAUGCGCACGCAAAGGCGCACGGGUACAAUGUUGUGGUCAAGUCGUCGAGUACGCCCACUGAAAAGAAGCCAGGGCGGACCGCGAAGGUGUGGUUGAGAUGCGAUCGUGGAGGACAGUACAGGCCCCGUAAUGGCCUGACGGAGGAGACUCGGAAGCGGAAGCGGACAUCGAGACUGAUGGACUGCCCGUUCAUGCUGGUGGCGGCUGGAAACCCCGGAAUCUGGACGCUUACUGUGCUGAAUCCGUCUCAUAACCAUGGAGCCAUCGUCGAUAAACCGCGCCAGACGCCUCACCACCGCGUCAAAAAGGGCCAGGUUACUGCUGUGCCCUACGACUGGCCUCACGAUGCUACUUUUACCCCCUUCACCACGGCUCUGGUAGUCGUGGAUAUGCAGCGUGAUGUAUGCUCACAAGAGGGAUACAUGGCGUAUCAAGGCUACGACGUCACUCCCGCAAUGGCUCUAAUUCCUAAAAUCAGGCGGCUGCUAGAUGCUUUCCGCGCAGCUGGCUUCCCAGUCUACCAUACCCGAGAGGGGCACAGACCCGACUUAUCUACUCUCUCUACUCGAGAGAACUUCCGCUCCCAUAACAACCCCACAGCUACAGGAAUUGGGUCCACUGGUCCUCUGGGCCGUUUCCUUAUCCGCGGUGAACCAGGCCAUGAUAUCGUCCCAGACCUCUACCCACUUGAGGGUGAGCCCGUUAUCGAUAAGCCAGGACGUGGCGCAUUUGCACACACGGACUUUGAGCUUCUGCUACGCAACAAAGGUAUCAAAAACCUUGUCGUUGUCGGCAUGACAACCGACGGAGCUGUAGCGAGCACUUUGCGAGAAGGCUGUGAUAAGGGUUUUGACUGCCUGCUACUGGAGGACGGUGCCGUAGCACUCGAUCACACUCUUCAUCUCGGUGCGUGCAAUAGCGUGAAGAUGGAAGGCGGCCUGCUCGGUGCUACUUCACGCAUAGAUGACCUCAUGCAUGCCGUCGAUAAUUUCAAGAACCUCCUUGUGAAGAAAAUGGCGCCACAGAUGAUGGUGCCUUGA